CGGAGGCCGGCCCGUCGCACCCGGAGCCGCCGCCAUGCCUCUGCCGCCGCCCGGCCGCCCCCGCCUCAGGCUGGCCCCGCUGCUGGCGCUGCUGCUUCUGGCGGGCCCGGCGCGGCCCAUCUCCUUCCAGCUGCCCGGCAAGGCGCGGAAGUGCCUGCGGGAGGAGAUCCACCGCGACACGCUGGUCACGGGCGAGUACGAGAUCGGCGCCCCGCCGGGCUCUUCCAGCGGCCCCUCCGCCAACCUCAAGAUAACUGACUCAGCGGGGCACAUCCUGUAUGCUAAAGAGGAUGCUACUAAGGGCAAGUUUGCCUUUACCACUGAAGACUAUGACAUGUUUGAGGCCUGCUUUGAGAGCAAGCUUCCUGUGGGAACAGGGAGGAUGCCGGACCAGCUCGUGAUUCUGGAUAUGAAGCAUGGAGUUGAAGCAAAGAACUACGAGGAGAUUGCUAAAGUGGAGAAGUUGAAGCCUCUAGAAGUAGAACUGAGACGCCUGGAGGAUCUUUCAGAGUCCAUUGUAAAUGACUUUGCCUAUAUGAAGAAACGGGAAGAGGAAAUGAGGGACACAAAUGAAUCAACAAACACUCGGGUUCUGUACUUCAGCAUUUUCUCCAUGUGCUGUCUCAUUGGACUGGCCACCUGGCAGGUAUUCUACCUGCGUCGUUUCUUCAAGGCCAAGAAACUGAUUGAGUAAAGGAACAAGUCCUCCUCCCCAUCUUCACAGCCCCAGCUGGACACCGCUGGAACCCAGCCAUGUCCUCCCAGAGCCAUCUCACAGAUGACACCCACUGACUGGAGCUAUUCUGCAGGAACUUGAACCCUAAAAGGGGAGGGGAGCAUAAACAUUGGAAGACUGGGGACUUCAGAAAUCCUGUUGGAUAUUAAGGGUUGGGAAGCUUGUGGUGGGUUUGGGGAUUCCUGGGUCAGCGAUUAAAUAAAAAUGAUUUUUCUAUGACAGCUGCAGCCAACUCUUGCACUGCCUGUUCUCCUCUUAUAAUCUUGGCUAGAUGAUGUCUCCCAUCUGUCUGUGACUGUAAUGUUACUGUGAGGCACCUGAUCCAGCAUUAGGUGCUGUGCAGCUAGCACCAGGGCAGUGCUGGGGAUUCCCCGUUCUGAUCAGCUGAGAUCUAAGCCUCGUGCAAAUAAAGGUGAGUGCAAGAUAAUAGGUUCAUCAUUCCAGCAGGGGCUGAGGUUGGAGGAAGGUCCAAGGUUUGGUCCCUGUCGUGGACCUCGGUGUUUCUCCCCGUGGGAGCUGGAGUUUUUAUGCUGAUGGCUCAAGGCGCUUAAGCAUAUGAUGAUUCAGUGUGGAGGAAGGGAGAGCCUUGGAAGGAGGGUUUGGUAACACGUUUGAGCUUGGGAAGAAGAAGCCUGCUUUGCUUAAAUUGGCUGUCCAGCCUUGGCCCCCUUAUUUCAUGUGCUCUUGUUGGAUUUGCCUCUCUUGUUCCAAAAUGAUGCAGCAGUUUUUCUGAAAGCUGUGGUCAUUGGUGACCUUUUGUGCAGAGAAGAGGCUUCAGCUAGAUACAGUCACAGAGCAAAUUGGAGUUAUGCUAAGGUUAUGCUAAGAAACUUGAUUUUAAAUUGAGCAGGAGACUUUUCUCAUCUAACAGUAUAACAUUUAUUCAGCAGGCAGGUGGCUGAACCUCAUUUUCUGAGACAUCAAAGCAAGGUGGGCUGCUGUCACUGUGCCUUGUGCGGCACAAAGGCCUAUACCCAACUUUGAGGUCUGAGGAUGCAAGGAUUGCUUUGCAAGUUGGCAGAGGAGUUGUUGGAAGGACGUGAAUGAACUUGAAAAGCAGUGCAGAGUAGGAACACGCUGAUGCUACAUCUGAGGGCUGUCUGAACUGUGCCCUCCACCAAACUGUUACUCUGUGCGGUACCGCAGUGAGAGCAAACAGCCAUUCAUUGUUUCUCAGCUGUCCAGAUGCAGUUGUGUUGAAUAAGCAAAGCUGAGGAAAAACAGACAGGUCAACUUCUUGGGCUCGCAUGCUGCAGUUUUUAGGCAGUGAUUAAAAUUCUUAAGCCUUCUCUGCAUUUCUUCAGAGCAAAUGGUUUGGCAGCACAGCUUUCUGGUCUCAGGUGCCUCGACCCUUCUGACAUGGGAAAAGGUUACUGCAGUCCUGGGCCCAGCCUACCACGUUUUAAAAAGAAAAAAAAGAAAAAAAAAAAAAAAAAAGCAUUCAUGAUUUCUAAUUGGAA